AUGAUGCAUCUACCCAAGCUCCUGGUAACGACAAUCCUCCUCGGCCUCGGAGCCACCGCUGCCGUCCCCAUCGAAGACAUCCCAGACCUCCCAGACGCUGGAAUGGCACAGCCACCUGCUCACAUCCCAGAGAAGCCAUGGAUGAUAUGGGGUAUGUGCGCCGUGGCAUCUAACCAAUGCAUCAUCCACGGGCCCCACGGCGAGCGCAGAUACCAGUGCAAGAACUUUGUUCGUAAACCCCCUUUCAUCUGGUUCCUUCUUGGGACAAUUGGAAGGUAG